CUCUGAGGAGGCGAAACAAGUAAGAGUUCGUCGGCUAAAUUUGGGACCGAAUUUAUCCAGGGGAGGGAUUCCAGCCUUCUUCUCACAUGCAUCUCACGUGAGUAGCACUACUUUCCGUCGGUCGAAGUAAAUGUUCUCGCCUUACUCCUCCGCUCUCCUUCCGUCUCCUCUUCCCCCUCCGAUUCCCAGAUCCAAACCCAAAUCCUAACCCUAUAAUUCUCCCUCUCGGCGAAGGAUUUUGCAAAACGGUAGCCCUAAAAGAAGAAAACCCUCGGAAAUUCUCCCAUCCAUGGCGCUCAAUCUCCGGCAGAAGCAAAUGAACCUUAUCGUCCGCAUGCUGAAUCUGAACCAGCCGCCGAACCCUGGCGGCGGGAUUUCCACUGCCGCCGGCGCCGAGGAGGUCUACAAGAUCCUCAUCAUGGACGCCUUCUGCCGCGGCGUCCUCUCCCCCCUGAUCCAUGUCAAUGACCUCCGGAAACACGGCAUCACUCUCUUCUUCCCCAUAGACAAGAGCCGCCAGACCGUCCCCGACGUCCCCGCCAUAUAUUUCGUUCGCCCCACGCCGGAGAACAUCGACCAUAUCGCUGCCGACGCCGCCCGCGGCCUCUACGAGUCAUUCCACCUCAACUUCUCCUCCUCCCUGCCGCGCCCCCUUCUCGAGACCCUAGCCUUGAAGACCCUCGAGAAGGACGCCGUGCACCGGAUCUCCAAGAUCUAUGACCAAUACCUCGAGUUUGUCACCCUGGAGGACUCCCUCUUCUCGCUGGCCCAGCCCAAGACCUAUGUUCAGAUCAACGACCCCUCCGCCGGGGAUCGCGAGAUCGAGGAGAUCGUGGAGAAGAUCGUCAGUGGCUUGUUCUGUGUCCUCGCCACCCUCGGGGUUGUGCCGGUAAUCCGGUGUGCCCGCGGUGGCCCGGCGGAGAUGGUUGCUUCAGCUCUGGACUCACGCAUUCGUGACCAUUUGGUGAUAAAAAACAAUCUUUUCUCAGAAAGUGGUGGUCUUGCGAGCUCCUUCCAGCGUCCGAUCCUCUGCAUAUUUGAUCGGAAUUUCGAGCUCGCAGUUGGGAUCCAGCAUGACUGGAGCUACCGGCCACUGGUCCAUGACGUGCUUGGAAUGAAGCUGAACAGAGUGACCAUGCCUGCAGAGAAAUCUGCUGCUAAAUCUUAUGAAUUGGAUGACUCUGAUUCGUUCUGGUUUUCCAACAGUUGGUCUCCGUUUCAGAAGGUUGCUGAAGAAAUCGAGAACCAGCUGAGCAAGUACAAGCAGGACAUUGAUGAGGUGAACAAGCGAACUGGCGGGAAGGAUGGGGUUGAAUUUGAUGGUACUGAUCUGAUUGGGAACACGAAGCAUCUGAUGAAUGCUGUGAACUCACUUCCAGAGCUCACUGAGCGGAAGAAGAUGAUUGACAAGCAUACCAACAUUGCCACCGUGCUGCUAGGUGAGAUCAAGGAGAGGUCUUUGGAUGGUUACUGCAAUCUUGAGAAUGACAUGUUGACCAAAGGAAGUGUAGAUAAGAGUCAAUUGCUUAGUCUUCUUAAGGGGAAGGGCACAAAGGUGGAUAAGCUUCGGCUUUCGAUAACAUACCUUCUCUCUUUGGAGACCACACCACAAUCUGAAGUAGAAGCGAUAGAAGCAGCAUUGAGGGAGACCGAGGUUGAUACUUGUGCCUUUCAGUAUGUGAAGAAGAUAAAGUCUUUGAAUGCAUCAUUGGCAGCUUCAGCAAGUUCAGCAAGCAGGAGCAACAUUGUGGAUUGGGCUGAAAAGCUUUAUGGGCAGUCCAUUAGUGCGGUGACUGCGGGUAUGAAAAAUCUUUUAUCCGGUGGAAGGCAACUGGCACUAACAAGGACAGUGGAAGCAUUAAUGGAAGGAAAGCCAAACCCAGAGGUGGAUUCUUACCUGGUGUUUGAUCCACGAGUCCCUAGGUCAGGAUCUGGGUCACAAUUGAGGGGACCAUUCAAAGAAGCAAUUGUAUUUAUGAUAGGUGGUGGAAAUUAUGUUGAAUAUAGGAGUUUGAUGGAGCUAGCACAACGUUCACAGCCGGUCAAGCAUGUCAUAUAUGGUACUACAGAGGUUCUUAAUGGGGUGGAGUUUGUUGAGCAGCUCACAGAGUUGGGGCAGAAGAUGGGUCUAGGAAGCAGUGGAGUGGGUCCAUCCCAACAAGGGGUGUAAGUUUUGCAUCAUGUGCUGUUUGUGUUUGAGAGUUGUGGCAGAUAAUUAGUACUCCGACUUAUGAAGCUACUAGAGAGUUGUCUUUAUCUAGAAUAGCCAGAUUUUCUAGCAAUCUUAGAUGAAGAGAUGAAGAUACUGACAUUCUUUGUGACGGGAAACUUGCUGUCUGUAUUCAAGUGAGUCAUACGUCUGCCACCUUAUACUUUUCUUUUCUGUUUUACUUUCUUUUUUUAUUAAAAAAAGUCUAGUCUGAUGAUGUUCGUAUGUUAAAUUCUGAAUCUGUUGACAAAAAGCAAUUAGUUGCAACAUAUUAUCAAGAUUAGGAUGAGCCUUUCUUGGCGAUUAUGUGCUUUUAACUUUUGGUGAUUAAGGGCAAGCAUUUGCAUAUAAGAAGGAUGAAGGUACACUUCCCAAA